AUGAGCGAAGCGCCUCUCAAUCCGCGCACCAGGUCGUAUGAAUUUUAUGGCGUUCCAGGGGUAUUGGCCAUCUCGGUCGGCCUACCGGUUCUGACAAUUGUUCUCAACCAGCUGAUCAGGGCAGACUACUACAUAGUCGGGCCGUUCUCGAACUUCCACUGGGAGCAAGUAUGGAACCAUCUGAAGCCUUUCUCGCACUAUUUGUAUAACAGCGAGCUGUGGACCUACUAUAUGGCAUGGCUGUUCGUACUGGCGUUUCUGGAUGUGACGCUGCCUGGUCGCAAAAUGCGCGGUGUUGUUCUUCGGGACGGGUCGCAGCUGCAAUACAAGAUCAAUGGGAUAGCUAUGGUAUCCGCUCUAGUCCUGAUCCUGUGCGUGAGGUGGAAUGUAACGCGUGGCGACAUGCCUGAGUUACAGUAUAUUUACGAGCACCACACCGACAUCUGCAUCAUCACCGUGCUUUUUUCGGUUGUGCUGGCGACCCUCACCUACAUCUGCAGCUUUCUACCGCAACUGCGCCGGAACAAGCGUGGGACGAAGGAACGGAUCCUUGCGCUAGGUGGCAAUACGGGAAAUCCGAUAUACGACUGGUUCAUCGGCCGCGAGCUCAACCCAAGGCUGGGGGCGCUCGAUGUUAAAUUGUUCUGCGAACUUCGUCCCGGAAUGCUACUGUGGCUUCUGAUUAAUCUUUCCUGCUUACACCAGCACUAUAUCAAUACUGGCCAACUCAACGAUGCAUUGCUGCUAGUGAAUAUUCUGCAGGGAUUUUACAUAUUAGAUGGCGUACUCAACGAAGAGGGUCUACUGACAAUGAUGGAUAUCACUACCGAUGGCUUCGGCUUCAUGCUCGCGUUUGGCGAUUUAGCGCUUGUUCCCUUCACCUAUUCUCUACAGGCUCGCUAUUUGUCCGUUUCACCGAUCGAGCUCGGGCGCAAUCGGAUCGCGGCUAUCUGCGCGGUCAUGCUUAUCGGCUACUGGAUCUUCCACUCUUCGAACACCCAAAAGUCGAACUUCAGACAGGGCAAGCUGCCUCACCUGAAAAGCAUCCAGACUACCCGUGGAACCAAACUUUUGUGUGAUUCAUGGUGGGCCAUGUCCCAGCAUAUCAAUUACUUUGGUGAUUGGCUCAUCUCUCUCAGCUGGUGCCUAUGCACAGGUUUCCAAACACCUCUGACAUACUAUUACUCGCUCUACUUUGCUGCCCUUUUGCUACACCGGCAAACCAGAGAUGAGGAGAAGUGCAGACAAAAGUAUGGUGAUAGCUGGAAAGAGUACGAGUCACAGGUGCCAUACAAAAUCAUACCCUAUCUGUACUGA